UUGCUUAUUGCCCUUUGAAAGGUCAGCACAUGCAAUCUUGGAAGUGGUGCUAGUCAGAAGCAUUUUCAUUUCAAGAGGAAUAGAACUUAAACAAUUAUGGCAAAAGCAUUGAAAUUCGCAUCUUUUACCUCAAAAGUGUUAGCUAAUGGAAGUGCUAAACUACUACCACUUCAAAAAACAUCUGUUAAUCCAUUGAAGCAAUGUAUUUCAAAAAUUAACAGCAGCGUUUCUGAAAAUCUAUCUGCAUCUUCAAGGGCAUACAGCACGCUUUCAUCAGUUGUAAGGCCAGUCUUUCAUUCGAAAGGAUGCUGCUGUCCUAUGUGCUCUAAGACUGGUGUUGCACCUUUCAGUACAGAAGUGGACAAAGAAAUUUCAAAAUUUUUGACAAAAGAAAUUGAAUACGAACAGUCUAAAGGAAGUAGCAGCCUGCCGAAGAUUCCAGGAUUUGAAAUUGUUGCAAACGGAGGUGAUGUCACUUUAACAAAAACAAGUGGAAAAGAAAAAAUUGUAGUGAAACUGAAUGUUAAUGGUGCUGUGGACUGUGUCAUGUCAGAGAAUCCCACUGACAAAGAAAAUGAUCCACCUCAAAUGAUCUGUAGGCCACCCUUUGAUGUUGAGAUCAGUAAGGGGGAUGGGAAAAAGUUGGUGAUUGAGUGUUCUUUUGCCCAAAAUGAUAGCUCAUACAUCGAUGAGGAGGCAUCUUAUGACAAGAGCAGAGAAACAGACCAAAUAGAUGAUCAGUUCGAGAUUCAUGAAAUUUCUUUCCAAGAAGAGGGAUCUACAGAUGGAGGGUACUCUGUUUCAGCUUCAACAAUGGAUGCUGAGCUGUUUGACCUGCUGAUGGAUAUGCUGGAUGAGCGUGGCAUCAAUGAUGAGUUUAUCGUCCACUUGGUCGACUACUGCACAGCUUAUGAGAACCAGCAGUACAUUGGGUUCCUCAAGAAGUUACAAUCAUUCGCUGACAAAUAAUUUCAUGUUAGUAUUUGCAUUUGUUCUGUAGUAAAACUCAUGUUAGUACACUGUAUGUUUUAUUGCAUUUAGGGGCUUGUAUCAUACUUCACUGAAAGAGAACAAUCUUGCUUUAAGUUAAUUAAGCAAAUUCAUUCUUUAUAAAAAAAAAUCUCAAAUGUCAUUUUUCAUUUUAUAAUUAUUUUGUAAAUGGUCCAUUAAUAAACAUUUGCUAUAC